ACAGGAAGGCGGCAAGGCGACGGCUGUCCGGCAGGCAGCAGCUCUUUACACAGCUGAAGGGCAGAGGGAAUCUGCUCUCCACAGAGCCACGCGGACUCCACUGCCCUUUCUUCCUUGGCCGCGGGGCCCAACCCUGCUUGUCCUGUGGGAGGACAGGGCAGCGCUCAGUGGUGUGAGGUUGAGAAGGCUGGCCGGAGAUGGCGUCCCUGCCUCCAGGCCAUGAGGGCACCCCGUGACAGAGCUGUUCUGUGUCUCUCGUCUCUGAGACUUUUGUCCUGCUGGUCGAAAAUCCAUUCCUCGCUGCCGAAGAAUUAACAGGAUGCUCUCCAAUGAAUCCCUGCAUCCGCCUGCCUUCAGUCGCUCCAACUCCCAAGCCUCUGUGGACAGCAGCACGUCGGUGGAGGAGUUCUGGCCGGAAAUCGGGAGUAUCAAAGAGAGCAGCGUGGGGGCACAGGAGGAGCAGCCGCCCACCCCCGAGGCCAAGCCUGUGGAUGAAGGAGAACUUGAAGCGGAGUGGUUACAAGAUGUGGGAUUGUCAACCCUGAUCUCUGGGAAUGAAGAGGAAGAUGGCAAAGCCCUCCUGUCGACGCUGACUCGGACCCAAGCAGCUGCCGUGAAGAAGAGAUACAACACGUAUACCCAGACGCUGAGGAAGAAGAACAAGCAACCCGUCCGGGAUGUUCGAGAUGUCUUUGGAGUCAGCGAACCUCCCUCUAGUGAUUCUUGUGACCGUGCUACUCAGUUGGACGGCACCAAGGAAGAAAAAGAACCGCCAGGAGUUACCAAAACAAGUGGCCCUCUGCCAGAUGCUACUUCUCUCAGCAGUACCACCCUAUCCAACGGUACCCGGGAUGAGGAAGGUAGUUUUGUGGACCUCCAGAGUGGCUCCGUGUCAAUACUAGAGGCUAUCCCAGAUAUUCCCGUUCACACCAAUGGAUCUGCAGACGCUGAGCCGCCAGUCCUGAGCGCCUUGAGUGAUGAUGAUUAUCUAGAAAAGAACAUUCCGCCAGAGGCUGAAGAGCUGUCUUUUGAGGUGUCUUACUCAGAAAUGGUGACCGAGGCCCCAAACAGAAAUAAAUGGAAGAAGUCAGACAUUAAAAAAGAAGACUAUGCCUUAACUAAAUUUAUUGUUCAGAAAACCAGAUUUGGGUUGACCGAAACAGGAGACCUGUCUGCCGAAGACAUGAAGAAAAUCCGCCAUCUCUCUCUGAUUGAAUUGACGGCCUUCUUUGAUGCUUUCGGGAUACCACUGAAAAGAAACAAGACGGAGAGGGGGAAAGGCCGAGACAGUGGAAUUUUCGGAGUGCCGCUUACAGUCCUCCUGGACAAUGACCGGAAGAAGGACCCUGAAGUGAAAGUUCCCCUGGUGUUACAAAAAUUUUUUCAGAAAGUCGAGGAAUCGGGCCUGGAAUCGGAAGGAAUUUUUCGACUUUCUGGAUGUACUGCCAAAGUCAAGCAGUACCGUGAAGAACUGGAUGCCAAGUUCAAUGCUGACAAGUUCAAGUGGGACAAAAUGUGUCACCGGGAAGCGGCAGUGAUGCUGAAAGCGUUCUUCAGAGAACUCCCUACCUCCCUCUUCCCCGUCGAGUACAUCCCCGCCUUCAUCACGCUGAUGGAAAGAGGGCCUCACAUCAAAGUGCAGUUUCAAGCCUUGCACCUCAUGGUCAUGGCCCUGCCUGAUGCCAACAGGGACACAGCCCAGGCGCUGAUGACAUUCUUCAAUAAAGUCAUUGCCAAUGAGUCAAAGAACCGCAUGAGCCUGUGGAACAUUUCUACGGUGAUGGCGCCAAACUUGUUCUUCAGCAGAAGCAAGCACUCCGACUAUGAAGAGCUGCUGCUAGCCAACACCGCAGCCCACAUCAUCCGCCUGAUGCUGAGGUACCAGAAAAUUCUGUGGAAGGUGCCAUCGUUCUUGAUCACCCAAGUAAGAAGGAUGAAUGAAGCCACCAUGCUGUUAAAGAAGCAGCUUCCGAGUGUGAAGAAACUGCUUAGGAGGAAGACCCUAGAGCGGGAGGUUUCAAGUCCCAAGACCUCAAAGGUACCACAAAAAUCACCUUCAAGAAGAAUGUCUGAUGUGCCAGAAGGCGUCAUCAGGGUCCACGCUCCACUUCUGUCCAAAGUGUCGAUGGCCAUUCAGCUCAACAGUCAGACCAAAGCCAAAGACAUCCUGGCGAAAUUUCAGUACGAGAACAGUCAUGGUUCAUCUGAAUGUAUAAAGAUGCAGAACCAGAGGUUAUAUGAAGUUGGAGGAAACAUAGGACAACACUGUUUGGAUCCUGAUGCGUAUAUAUUGGAUGUGUAUCAUGUUAAUCCUCAUGCAGAAUGGGUGAUUAAGCCCUCACCAAGCCUUUAAAAUAUGCCGAAGAUGGCUCUUGCCUUGUAUUAUAUGCCAAGAAGUUCCUGCAUUUGUGGGAAAAACCACACUGCCCUGAGGUAUUAGCUCCUGUAAUCCUGGUUCUCCUGAAAGAGUCACCAGCUCUGUCAAUAUGAACUGCAGAGAAGGAGCUGGUUCACAUUGAACUGAACUUUCUUAUCACAGUCCCUUGGUAAGAAGAUAUGACCCAGAAGAAAGGCCAACGUUACUCACUGUGGAGCUACGUAGCAGAAAUAAACUUGGCCCUGUGCCUGGGAAUAGGCUGCACUUCUGAUGUGAAACAUACACUAUUUAUGCUCCUAGAUUGAAGGGCCUUCCGCCUAAAGACAGCUGUGCCCCAUGUCAUUCUAUGCAUCACGCUCAGAAAGGAUUUGGUAGCGCCCUGGUGCAAAGGAGCUUUCCGUUGAGAGUUGAGAUGGUAUUUUACGGUUCCUUGUCUCGUGCGCACAGGUCCUCAUUACAAAUCCCAGUUUGGCAAGGGCGUCCUGUGCUUCUAGUUUGUCCUGUGUGGUCCACAGUCAUGGCAUCUUUUCCCUCUUCUCACAGUUGUGGUGCUCGGGUGAAUAGAUCGCCUCUUAUGGGUUAGCAUGAAUGUCCUUUGCAGAUCAAACACUCUUUGUUUACAACAUUUCACGGCUGUAGCCACUUCUGCAACCCUAACACCAAAAAUACAGAAAUGCGUUUGCCCACAAGUGCCGAAAAGGUCACUGGACCCAGAAUUGAUAAGUUGCAAAAGUACAUUGUGUUCUUCGAUCUAAUGUUAACCAGACACGUGGCCAGUCACUGUGGACUAGCACUGGGCCGUGGAAGCUGGAGACCACUGUCUGGGCCACAUCUUGCACAACUCUUGUCUAGAUCUGCAGUGGUGAACACUUAGUCCUCGUGUUUCUAAGAGAAACAGAUCUAAAAUGUACCGAGGGACAGGACAGCUCUGCCUUCCUUCCAGAGGCUGCAGAGAGCAUCCCCGUUUAUCCCAGGUGUGGUAAUCUUCCACAGACCAAGAGUUUGAUGGACUUAGAGCAGUUACAGCAUUUAAGACCCAAGUGCCAGUACAAGCAAAACUCACCCACAAAUGCAAAAGGACUGUCUCCUUCCCUGCAUAGCCCAUGUCCGGAGAUAAUGAGGGUACUGUAAAGGCGGGUGCAGAAGAGCUCUCCCAUUGGUGUCAUGGCU